AGGUUCAGUUCAGCAGCCAGUCAGUCAGUCCUCGAUCUGAUAUCCUCUCCUCCCUGCAGCGACUCCAGCUCCGAUCGAUUCCAUUCCAUCCAUCGAGCUGCAGCAGGGCCAUGACGAUGGCAGCUACGACGACGAUGAUGUCAGCAGCAGCGCAGGCGGCGACGUCGCAGCUGCCGCCGGGGUUCCGGUUCCACCCGACGGACGAGGAGCUCAUCCUGCACUACCUCCGCAACCGCGCCGCGUCGGCGCCGUGCCCCGUGCCCAUCAUCGCCGACGUCGACAUCUACAAGUUCGACCCAUGGGACCUGCCGGCCAAGGCGCUGUACGGCGACGGCGAGUACUACUUCUUCAGCCCGCGGGACCGCAAGUACCCCAACGGCAUCCGCCCCAACCGCGCCGCCGGCUCCGGCUACUGGAAGGCCACCGGCACCGACAAGCCCAUCCACGACGCCGCCACCGGCGAGGGCGUCGGCGUCAAGAAGGCGCUCGUCUUCUACAAGGGCCGCCCGCCCAGGGGCUCCAAGACCAACUGGAUCAUGCACGAGUACCGCCUCGCCGCCGUCGCCGGCUGCACCAGCCCCCUCGCCGCCUACCGCCCGCCCUCCAAGUUCAGGAACGUCUCCAUGAGGCUGGACGACUGGGUGCUGUGCCGGAUCUACAAGAAGUCCGGCCACGCGUCGCCGAUGGUGCCGCCGCUCGCCGACUACGAGCACCUCGACCGCGACGGACCUUCUCCCGGCGGCUUCUUCGACGACUACUUCUGCGGCAGCACCAGCUUGUACGCCGCCGCCGCGCCGGCCAUCGGCGGCGGUGCUGCUGCUGCUGGUACUACAAACACUACUACGACGCCGGCCGUCGUCAUGCAGCAGCACCAGCAGCCGGCGGCGCUGCCGAGGCUCCCCAAGAUCCCCUCCAUCUCCGAGCUGCUGUGGGACGAGUACGCGCUCGCGCAGAUCUUGGACCCCCCGGCCGACGUGGCCGCCGACCACGCCUCGUUCGCCGUGCACCCGUCCCUCAACCAGCUCCUGGCCGUCGGCGACGACGGCUCCGAUCUCAUGAUGUUCUCGCCGCCCCCGGCCGCCGCAGCAGGCGGGAAGCGCAAGGCGAUGGUGGCGAUGAACAUGAGCCCAGCUGACGAGUGCGCCGCCACUGCCCACCAGCACCAGUCUCCGGCGGCCAAGCGGCUCAACGGUGGCUCCUGCUUCGACGACGCGCCGCAGCCGGCCAGCGGCUUGCCGGCGACGAUGUCGUCCGUGCUUGGCGGCGGCCUCAACCACCACAUGCUCCCACAGUUCUAGAUAGACGACUUCUGGUAGCUGACUUUGUUGGGGGCACAUCUUCCGUGCAUGUACUGCGUCAUCAACUGAUCAAUAUGGUGGAUCGUCUACGCGGAAUAGCUAGCAACCUGCGGCGACAUGGAAAGCAAGGAUCGAGCUCGUGGAUUGGAGGCCAUUAAUAAAGAUGGGUCGUGCGGUGAAGAACAAUUGUAGCAGUACGUAGCACUAUUUGUACUGGAGCCAGUGUUGAUCAACGUUAGGCGUAACCAUGGUAUGUAUCCCAUUUUUUUCCCUCCGUUGUAGAGUACAGGUACUCUAUAUUCAUUUCAGGCGCAGUGCGAAGGUAGCUGGAGCUUGAUGGGUCCAUGUACUACUACACUAGUACUCUUAUUUAUUAUUCAAUAUGAAGUAUAUAUUAUAUUGUCUUGC